GGUUCGACAACUACAGUACAUGAGUUAGGUUCGGUUAGAGCCGAAUCUGUGUCAUUUUGUCGCAACGAGAUGGCUAAGUUAUCCAAAAGACGGUUAGAGCCAGUUGUUAGCCCCACCAUGACGACACAUGGGGAAGCUCAUGCAAAGAUUAAGAAGAACACGUGGCACUCUCUCGUGUUCAGAAAAUUUCCAAAAGAGCGUUCAGAUUUGGGCACGGAAGUGUGAAACGUGAAGCAACGAAUCCCUUUUAAACACAAGAACCAACCUUAUACGCAUCACAAAAGAACCCUAAAUUCCAGGAAGAUUGAAAAACCAAAUCUUCAAGCAAAGGAAAAAAAACUCAAAAUUUGGGUCUUUUAUUUCUUAAAAAGUUACAAGCUUUUGAUUGUGGUUUCAGUGUACGAACACGCAAGAAAUCGCGUGAAAAAAUUGUAUCCAAGCUUCGGAGAAGAUCUCUCUGUAUUUAGUGGUGCUUUGUUUCUGUUCUAAUUUCUGAAAAAUUGAAGCUUUUGAUUUGGUUUCAAGAGAGCAGAGAGAUGUGUAGUUUGUCGGCGAAUCUGUUGCUACCAACGAAGCUGAAACCAGCUUAUUCAGACAAACGGAGUAACAGUAGCAGCAGCUUACUCUUCUUCACCAACAGAAGAUCCAAGAAGAAGAAUCAAUCGAUUGUUCCCGUGGCAAGAUUGUUUGGACCGGCGAUUUUCGAAUCAUCCAAAUUGAAAGUAUUGUUUUUAGGGGUUGAUGAGAAGAAGCAUCCUUCAACGCUCCCUAGAACUUACACACUCACUCACAGUGACAUUACAGCUAAAUUAACUUUAGCUAUUUCUCACUCCAUAAACAAUUCUCAGUUGCAAGGAUGGGCAAAUAGGCUAUACCGAGAUGAAGUUGUGGCAGAAUGGAAGAAAGUGAAAGGGAAGAUGUCGCUUCACGUUCAUUGUCACAUAAGCGGUGGCCAUUUCCUUUUAGAUCUCUUUGCAAAGUUUCGAUACUUCAUCUUUUGCAAAGAACUACCAGUGGUGUUGAAGGCUUUUGUGCAUGGAGAUGGGAACUUGCUGAACACUUACCCUGAGUUACAAGAAGCUCUUGUUUGGGUUUACUUCCAUUCUAAUGUCAACGAGUUCAACAAAGUCGAAUGUUGGGGUCCGCUUUGGGAAGCUGUUUCGCCUGAUGGUCACAAGACUGAGACUCUUCCCGAUGCUCGGUGCGCGGAAGAGUGUAGUUGUUGUUUUCCAACCGUUAGCUCGAUUCCAUGGUCUCAUAGUCUUAGUAAUGAAGGUGUAAAUGGUUACUCUGGGACUCAGACUGAAGGAAUUGCUACUCCUAAUCCGGAGAAACUCUAGUGAUUAAACAUCAAACUACAAGUUUUUCUUUUGGUUUCUGGUAGUUUGUAUAAAAGUGAAAAGGAAAUGGCAGGUCUUUCCUUUUGGUGGAUCUAAAUAUUGGUUUGGUGUACAUAAUGUGGUAUAGGAAAAUAAUGAUUAUCUGUAGGUUAAAUACAAAAAUUUAAGUUAAAAAUGUUUGAUACUUUGUGUCUA